AUGAUUGAAGAGGUUGACAAAACUGCUGCAAGUCGUGGAGACGGAACGCGGCCCGCUGUCACUGAAACGAGUUUGGAGUCACCUCAACCGGUUGGUACCAGUCAUGACCCCAAGCAUAACAUGAUGGAGGUGGUUACAACACCACCUGGUGCAGCACCUCUUGAACGCCUCAUCAGGCUGCAAAUUGCAAUGCUCAUUUAUGUUCUCACGUGUUUGAGUGUCGCCUCUGAGGACGAUGAGAUACAAUUCGGUCCUGGAAUUGAAGCAGCACUUGGUAAAACUGCAAAGAUUGUUAGCAUAAAUGUUCUGUAA